CGCCAGUCUUAACCUUGAUGGCUGGCGGAACAGACGCGUUUCAGUGCGUCAAUUACUCGCGCGCUACAAAAACUAAACCAAAAUGAAGGUCUCUACAUUCGCAUUUUUAUUAGCUUCAAUACAAAGUGUCUGUUCAUUUAACAUACUAGCAAUAUUCCCUUAUCACGGAAAAAGCCAUUUCCUAGUUUAUCGUGUGCAUUUAUUGGAAUUGGCCAAAAGGGGACAUAAAGUGACAGUGAUAUCUCAUUUCCCGGAGAAAAAUGCGACAAAUAAUUACUAUGAUAUUAGUCUGGCGGGAUCUAUGAAAGUAUUUGCUGAUGAUGUGCCUAUGGAGCGAUCUUAUUGGACUUUAUUAGACACAGUCAGUUACCUAAUGAACAGUGGGAAUAAGAACUGUGAAGUUAUGUUAGAGAAUGAACAAGUGAGAAAGUUGGUGAAUGAAAAACCUAAGUUUGAUGUGGUAUUGCUAGAACAGUUCAACACUGAUUGUGCGUUGGGUAUUGCCUAUAAAUUGGGUGCUCCCGUGGUAGCUACACAAUCUUCGGUCUUGAUGCCAUGGCAUUAUCCAAGAUUAGGCACUCCAUAUAAUCCAUCAUACGUACCCUUUCACUUUCUCGAAGGAGGUACUAAGCCGUCACUUUUCCAAAGAGUGGAAAGGGCUGUCUUUAAUAUAUUAUUCAAGGCUUGGUACUUCUACAUAACUCAGAGGAACGAUCAGAAUGCUUUGGCGAAAUAUUAUGAUGACAUUCCGCCUUUGGAGGAUCUGGCUCGUGAUAUUAAAUUUUUGCUUUUAUACCAAAACUUUGUUCUGACUGGAUCCAGACUAUUUCCAGCUAACGUGAUCGAGGUUGGUGGUUAUCACGUGUCGAAAGCCGAGCCGUUGACUAGGGAAUUAAAGAAAUUCGUAGACGAUGCCGAGCAUGGAGUAGUAUACAUAAGUUUUGGAUCGGUAGUGAAAAGCUCCACAAUGCCUGCUGAGAAACGAGAAGCUGUGUUGGAGGCUAUGAAGGAAUUUCCUCAGAGGUUCAUAUGGAAAUGGGAGGACGAUUCUCUUCAAGUGGAUAACAACAAACUGUUUAUCGAUAGCUGGUUACCUCAAGUUGAUAUACUAGGUCAUCCAAAAACUAAGGCAUUUUUUACCCACGCUGGCAUGGGAGGUACCACUGAGGGUCUGCACUAUGGAGUGCCAAUGAUAGCUAUGCCAAUCAUGGGAGACCAGCCAUCCAAUGCAGCAGCCAUGGCCGAAAGUGGGCUAGGUGUAGAACUGCAAUAUCAGGACCUUACUAAAGAAACCUUAGUAGCUGCUCUUAAGAAAGUAUUGAAUCCUGGGUUCCAAGAAAGAGUGAAAGAAAUAUCAAAAGCAUGGCAUGAUCGUCCGACAUCAGCUCUGGACACAGCUGUGUUCUGGACCGAAUUUGCCGCGCGUCAUCCCACUCUUAACUUCCGUACUGCUGCAGCCGAUUCCCCCCUCUACCAAUAUCUCUGCCUUGAUGUCAUAUCUGUAUUCCUAGUACUCGUUAUGUGCAUAUUUAGCCCUAUCAUCCUCUGCUGCCGAAACUCGAAGAAAGUUGGGACACGGCAAGAGAAAAGGAGUCAACAGAAGAAGUCUAAACGUCAAUAAAUUGUGAAGCAGUUGCAUCCUACUUAUCUAAAUCAAAUUGAGUACCAAUGCCUCUCCCUUGAUAUAAUUUCUGUAUUUUUAUUACACAUUACGUACGAUAAGCUGUCCAAUCAGUUUCUUGCAAAGUAAUAAAUUAACUGGUUACACUUAAGACCUCGGG